AUGGACGUGCUUGGCAGCGUGAAGGUGAAGCAAGUGACGCCCGUCUCGGAGAAGCAGGCCGCCAAGACCCUCGAGAAGUUCCUCUCCACGCACCACGAUGAGCUUGAAGCCGACAAGCUCAACGUGCAGGAGGACGUCCAGGCGCAGCUCCAGCUCAUCCUCGAGCACCUCCAGAAGGAGUAG